GUUUACAGAUAGAGGAUUACAGUUGCUUGCUUUUUAUAAGGAAAUAUAAUCAAAUAUUUGAAAGUAUUUUAUACUACAAAUAAGGAAAUGCAGAUCUUCGUGAAGACACUAACAGGGAAGACAAUAGCGCUCGAGGUAGAGGCUAGCGACACUAUUGAUAACGUAAAGGCGAAGAUCCAAGACAAGGAGGGUAUUCCCCCAGACCAGCAGCGGCUGAUUUUUGCAGGCAAACAGUUGGAGGAGGGUCGUACUCUCGCCGACUACAACAUCCAAAAGGAAUCCACACUGCAUUUGGUGCUCCGUCUGCGUGGUGGCAUGCAGAUCUUCGUGAAGACGCUAACAGGGAAGACAAUAGCGCUUGAGGUAGAGGCUAGCGACACUAUUGAUAACGUAAAGGCGAAGAUCCAAGACAAGGAGGGUAUUCCCCCAGACCAGCAGCGGCUGAUUUUUGCAGGCAAACAGUUGGAAGAGGGUCGUACUCUCGCCGACUACAACAUCCAAAAGGAAUCCACACUGCAUUUGGUGCUUCGCCUACGUGGCGGCUAAAAAUCUAUGUUUUAUUUGCUUAUUUGUAUUUCAAACAUCAAUGUUUUUUUCCUCUAGUUUUCACCCAAUUUUGUAAUUAAAAUUUAAUCAAUGAAUAUAUUUAGUUUGUUUGUUUUUUAGUUUAGCAAAAAAAUAAUAAUA